CGGCUCCAGCUUUCCCCCGAAGCGCCCGAGGUUACGGUCCCCGGGGUUCUACGGGGCGCCCACUUCCGACGGUCUUGUCCCGGCUGCGCCUCACCCCAUCUGCUCGCAGCUGCCCUCCUCGCUCCGGCUCCCGUCCCAGUCACGACAGCUUCCUUCCCUUUGCUGCCCCUCCUGUCACGCCUCCAGGGAAGAGACGGUCUCCUCUCCCUUUCUCCAAGAGCCCCAGCUGGCCGGCUGGCUGGCGCGAACCAAACGAUUUCUCCGGCUCGGCAGCGGCCGCGGACUCGGACAGCCCUCGCCCUCCGGUCUCGGGAGCAAAGCGCCCGACUCUGCCCAGCGAUCACGAGGCCUCUUGUUUCCGGGCGGAGCCGCUCCCCUCCCCCGUCCCACCGCGGCGUCAAACCCCGGACGGCCUCCUGCUCGUUGACUUCCGUCCUUGCCCGAUGAGGUUGAAGCCUCAGCGCCCCGGCCGAGCCCUCCCGGCGCCGUGCGGGAGAACCGGAUCCCCUUUCCGGACAGUUCCGCUUUGGCUAAACGAGGACGGGCCACAGGGCGACGGGAGAGCGGGUGUCGCCGAGAGGGAAGGGCGGCUGCUGAUCAAGAGCUCGAUUCCCGCGUCCAGCCACCGGGCACCGCUUGUACGGGGGUCCCUGUCUUCAAAUACCAGCUGCAAGAGCUUCGACUGUAUUGCCAGGCCUCACGCUGGGCGCCCUGUUUAGGCGUUUACACCGAAGUUGCAAAUCAUGGCACAGACUGAGAAGAAAGGAGGAUUGCUUCGGAAGUCUUCAGCUAGUAAAAAGCCAUUGAAAGAGAAGGUUGUGCUGAUGUAUGAUGAGAUAUUCAUGUCAGAAGAUCCCAGUAAGUGCAACCCUCGAUUUUGGGAGGAACUCUUCCUCAUGAAGGUGAAUUUAGAAUAUUUGGAAGGAAAACUGGAGUCUCUAGAUGGUGAAGAAUUAAUGAAGAUAAAAGAUAACAUUAACUGUCUGUUCCAGCGCUGCAUCCGGGCAUUGGGAGAGGAGCAUCCCAUCAGAGUUGUCAAUGCAUUACAGACACUGUGUGCACUGAUCCGUGGGGUCCAUCAAAAGAACAAAUCCACAUCUGGAUUUGACAUCAUCAACAUGUUGAUGGGCUUUGACAAGGCUGAAUUGUGCAUGAAGAAUUUGAUGGAGAGUUUGGACACACUGCUUUGUGCAGAAGGCUCUGAAAGCCUCAAGAGCUUGUGCCUGAAGCUACUGCUCUGCUUGGUCACUGUGACAGAUAACAUCAGUCAGAACACAAUCCUGGAGUAUGUGAUGAUUAACAGCAUUUUUGAAGCUAUCUUACAGAUUCUCUCUAAUCCUCUCAGUCGCAGGGAACAUGGUUAUGACGCUGUUGUCCUGCUUGCCUUGUUAGUAAACUAUAGAAAAUAUGAGUCUGUGAAUCCUUACAUAGUGAAGUUGUCGAUCAUAGAUGAUGAGACCACACUGAAUGGAAUGGGUCUUGUAGUUGCUCAGGCAUUAUCAGAGUACAACCGGCAGUACAAAGACAAGGAAGAAGAACAUCAAAGUGGUUUUUUCUCAGCUUUGACCAACAUGGUGGGCAGCAUGUUCAUAGCUGAUGCUGAUGAGAAAAUCUCAGUUCAAACGAAUGAGGCUAUCCUUUUGGCUCUUUAUGAAGCUGUUCACUUGAAUCGAAAUUUCAUCACUGUAUUGGCACAGAGUCAUCCUGAAAUUGGAUUAGUGACAAUGCCAGCAAGCCCAGUUCCAACAACUCCCGUCACUCCACUCGGAACGACACCACCUUCUUCUGAUGUUAUAAGCACUGUGGAAUUGCCUCUGGAUGCUGAUGUCCAGACCAGCAACCUGCUGAUAACGUUCUUGAAGUACAGCUCCAUUGUCAUGCAGGACACCAAAGAUGAACACCGGCUCCAUAGUGGCAAGCUCUGCCUGAUUAUCCUGACCUGUAUAGCAGAGGACCAGUAUGCAAAUGCUUUUCUACAUGAUGACAACAUGAAUUUUCGAGUUAACCUCCACAGAAUGCCAAUGAGACACAGAAAGAAAGCUGCUGACAAGAACCUUCCAUGUCGGCCACUAGUUUGUGCAGUGCUUGAUUUGAUGGUUGAGUUCAUUAUAACACAUAUGAUGAAGGAAUUUCCCAUGGACCUUUAUGUACGCUGCAUUCAAAUAGUACACAAGCUGCUUUGCUAUCAGAAGAAAUGCAGAGUGAGGCUUCAUUAUACUUGGAGGGAGCUCUGGUCAGCUCUGAUUAAUCUAUUGAAGUUCCUCAUGUCCAAUGAGACUACUUUGCUGGCAAAACACAACAUCUUCACUUUGGCUCUUAUGGUGGUAAACCUGUUUAAUAUGUUCAUCACUUAUGGAGAUACAUUCCUUCCAACUCCUAGUAGCUAUGAUGAGCUAUACUAUGAAAUCAUCAGGAUGCACCAGAGUUUUGAUAAUUUGUAUUCCAUGGUUUUGAGGCUGUCCACUAAUGCUGGCCAGUGGAAAGAACCAGCCAGCAAGGUGACUCAUGCAUUGGUCAACAUACGAGCCAUCAUCAACCACUUCAAUCCGAAAAUAGAAUCUUAUGCUGCUGUGAAUCAUAUCUCACAGCUCUCUGAAGAGCAGGUUUUGGAAGUGGUUCGCUCCAACUAUGACACACUCACCUUAAAGCUGCAGGAUGGGUUGGACCAAUAUGAACGCUACUCAGAGCAACACAAAGAAGCUGCUUUUUUUAAAGAACUGGUUCGGUCUAUCAGCAUCAACGUGCGGCGGAAUCUGGCCUUCAACACGCUCAGCCAGGAGGUGCUGCUGAAGGAAUUUUCAACCAUCUCUUGAAGCUGAGUUAUCUACCUGCUUCCUGGCCAGUCCUGGUGUUACUGUGCCCCUAUCCUCAGCAUUGACUGUAGCUCUUGAUUGUGGAGAGAUCUAACCCUAGAGAGUGUGUAUGUUUUUCCAGGAAGCUGAAUGGGAGAAUUUGAACUUGUUCCACACUCCUGGGCACAGGGAACUGAUAGUGUGAAGUAUACGUAGGAGUGGGGAAGAGGGAUCUGCAGUUACUGCUCUCUCUCACUUUCUCUGUGGUGUCAGCUAUACAGGGGUAAGACUUUUUUCCCCAGCUGAGCAAAAUUAGGGCAGAAGAAUAUUGCUCAGAAAGUUCACUGUUCUGGUUCUUUGGAAGUUGUGUGAUGCUGUGCAGCAUCUUAAAAAGAGAACGUGGAACUACGUAAGUCUCUAAUAGUAUGGAGCAGGCUGAGUGAACUCCUGCCCAAUGUACACUUGUGCUGUAAAGCCCAAAUCAUCUGCUAGGCUUGGGUGCUUUGAAUCUGUUGUCCAUGUGUAUUGUUAGCUCCUUCUCCAACUGAUAUUGAAAUUAGCACCUGAAGGCUUUGCUGUUCACUCUGAGUUAGUGCCUCCUGUUCUGAAUGGUGCUUGCCAGAGACUGUCCUCAAGAGUUUUCCCAGUGCCCAGCCUCAAAUAAUUCAUCUAGAGUUCCUUAGCUACGAGGCUACCUCUGUCAGUGCAUCUCUGCUAUUUCUACUGCCCUAUUUUAAGACUCUGGUUGAUAUUAUUAACAUGUACCAAUGAUUUGUUUUCAAGAGAACAAUAAAAGAGAGUGUCUCGUG